AUGGCGAAAUCAAAGAAUUUGGCAAAACAAAUCAAGGAAUUGGAAGAUCCUAUUCCUAAGGAUUUCGAUCCAGAAGAUGAUAAGCCGGCGCAAGAGAGCGAUUCGGAAAGUGGUGAUGAGAGCGAUGACGGAUUGGCGGGGACAGAACAUUAUGUUCAAGUUGGAAAGAGCAAGCUUCGAAAACCAGAAGAAGUCGCACUUGGCCCUCAGUAUGCCGGAUCUCGAGUCACUCGCGAACAAUUGAUGAACGGCGAUGAUGAAGAUGAAUCCAACUCUGUAUAUGAAAGCGCCGAUGAAGAAGCAAAAUUUGAGGGAAUGGAAUUCAACGGGGAAUUUGACGAUAUGGAGGUCGAUAGUGAUGAGGCUUUGGGAGAGAGCGACGAGGAAAAGUUCAAGGAUUUCGUCUUCCGAGGAAGUGGAAAGCCGAAGAAGCCUGUUGAUGCAAAGAAACCAUCGGAUGUCAAUGGCGUGAAGAAAAGACCUACCGCUGCCGAUUUCAUGUCUGACAGUGGUGAGGAGGAGGGCGUGGGAUUAUCUGAAGAGGAUGAUCUUGAGGAUGAAAAGGAAAAUGAGACUGAUGAAGAUAUCUUGGAUGUUGAUGCUCAACAUGCCGAGGUCAUGGAAAAAGAUUCCGACGAAGAAGAUGAUGAUUCGGAAAACCCUGACCAGAGUGGUGGGGAGGAAGCUGGUAGUGAUGAAGAGAGUGAAGAAGAAGCAUCCGGUGACGACGAAAACGAUGAAGACGAGCAAGCAAGACGUGCUGAACUGCGAAAGAUUAUGGGAGAAGAACAGAAAACGGUAGUCGCAACAAUCUCUCAAGCAGCAAAAGCAGAUGCAGAGAAGGGUAAUGCUGUCAAGCAACAACGCAAAGCAUUCGAUUCACUUCUCAAUGUUCGCAUUCGCCUUCAAAAGGCUUUAGUAGCUACCAACUCGCUAGCUGCAGCUGAAGAUAAGGACCAGGAGGAUAGCGAUGAGAAUCCUUUCCAAGCCGCAGAAGAAGCUGCUAUUAAGUUAUGGAACACAAUCGAUGGUCUUCGACACGAUCUUUCAAAGGCAGCCAGUACGUCCAAAACGGGACAGAAACGGAAGCGCGGCAUUGAUUCUGCCACCUCCUCUUCUGCCAUUUGGGAUCGAAUGCAAGCUUCCGAGAUUGCAAAUAUCGACAAUCGACAGACUGUCCUUGAAAAGUGGUCUAGCAAAGUCCGCGCUACAACGGCCCUCCCUAUCUCCCGCAAACUCAACCCCAAUGCGCCCCAACAAUCCAUCACUUCUCUUCUGCAAGAUACACUCUCUAGUUCUGAACAUCUUAUUUCUCGCACCAAGGUCCCUCGCUCUUGCGCUCCUGUUCAAAAACAAAUGAAGCUUACCACCGAUCCAAACAUUUACGACGAUGCCGAUUUCUACCAGCUGCUUCUCAAAGAAUUGCUUGAUCAACGAAUGGUUGACUCUUCUUCUGCAGCUACUGGUGAAGCUGGUAAACCUAUGCAAUGGACUGCAGUGAAAGAAGCAAAGACAAGAAAGAAUGUUGAUACCAAGGCUAGCAAGGGUAGAAAAAUGAAAUUCACAGUCCACGAAAAGUUGCAAAAUUUCAUGGCCCCGGAGGAUAGAAAUUCGUGGGAGGAGAGUGCGAGGGAUAGAUUUUUCGCAACUUUGUUGGGUAGAAAAUUAGAUUUGGGUGAGGGUGGUGAUGAGGAGGACGUUAGCGAUGAUGAAGUGAACAAUGAAGAGGCGGGUUUGAUGUUGUUUAGAUCUUGA